AUGUUUCUCCGGCAGUGGCCUCUGUUAGCCACUCUUUUAAUCGGUUCGUUUGCCUGUUUUGACUCUCCGAUCUGAAUGGAAAUAAAUUUUCAGCAUGCCUUGCGAUUCCGGAUCUCGAUGAAAUCAAGAAAAACUUGAAGAAGCACGGGCCGGACUACUACAAGAAUGCUCCGGUUAUGGACGAGAACACGGUGAGACUGCUGAAAGUGGACUACUGGUUCCGAACUGAAUCCAUGAUCUACGACGAUUUGGGAAACAAGGAGGCCGAUCCGUCAACUGUUAUUGCUGGAAACUUCAGCUUCGAGACACUUCAUCAUGACAUUGAAGGUGGAAUGCUCGGAAGAUUCACUGUGAGUUUUCUCAAUGACGAUGCGUUAAAAGUUUAUCCUCUUUAGUUGACUCAAUGCAAAACGGAUAACUGCGGAAACCCGUCUCCAAUUUACAUUGCGUUCCGUCAAGGAGGAAACAACGUGGAUCAAGUGCUGAGAGGAGCCGACGACGAUGCCACGUGGAACUUUCUGUACGCCAUCGUCAAUACCAUUUACACUCCGGCAGAGUACGGAGAAGGAGACGUUCAGCGAGUGGACACUCUUUACGGAAGAUGCCGAGUGAACUUUGGAAGACCGGAAGACAAGAGAUUCCGGAGAAUAAUUGACAAGUGCGAGUUCGGUCGCGGAGUCAACUAUACGAGAUUCGAAGGAGUCGAGGCUGUGCAGUAUGAGCAGGAUGUGUGGUACACGUAAGGAUUUCCCAAUUGAAAAGUCAAAACUCAGAAUUCUCAUGCAGACAAAACACAAAAGUCGACGCUGAUAUCAUAAUGAUAGAUGCCGUCGAACUGCUAGCUUUCAAAAGCCCGCUUCACGAGAAGCACGGCUUCCAGGUGGAGUCAAGGUGAGGCAUCGACUUCCAAGUGCAUUCAAAACCGAUUCAAUUCAGAACCCACGUCGAAAUCACCAACCGCACCCGUGUAUUCGUGACCCACUACUGUGAGGAAACAGUUCCAGCCGGAAAGUGCGCCGAACAAGCGUUUGGGGCCGUCAAAGUUGGAGGAAAACUGUACGAAGACGUGCAAAUCGGAAGUAAGCAGACAAACAAGGUACGCGUAGAAGUUCCAAUUUCCUUUUUCCCCAUUCUAUGGAUUUCUAGCUGACGAAGUUGAUCGGAACCUACCGUCGUCACCUGAACGAGAUGGGCGACUCGCACAUUUGCGAGAAGCAUUCCCUUCUCUACGGACAAAUUGUGCAGGAAGCGAGAUUGGCUAAAAGAGAGGAUUGGGAAGCAGUCAUUCGCUAUCCGGAGAACGACCAUGUAUUGUGAGUACCUCACCGAAAAGUACUUCUGAGAACACAACUUGUACAGAUCCGUUAUCGCAAGUGCUCUCGGCAGCGUAGGCUCAGCGGAAUCUGUGGCUGUUGCUCGCGAAGUUCUUCUUGUGGAUUCUCCCGAUCAUCUCGACGAUCUUCUUUUUGGAAUCGCUCAAUCUUCAUCGAACAACGAAAAGUGGCACAAGCAGUUGAUGGUUUGUGCUGUUCAUUUUUCACAUCAACAUUUUUUAUAUUUGUCAGUACUGGUUGAACUCUCUGAACCGCGAGACUUCUGACUACUGGAAGUUGGCCAACACAAUUGCUACCGUACUCAACAAGAGAUGUGAGGCGACGACAAGCAGUUCGAACUCUUGCAAUAAAGGAAAAGAACUUGUGAGCUGUUUUUCAUAGUUAUCGAAACCAUUUCUGUUUCGUUUCAGAUCGUGAACAAAUUUAUCAAUGAUUUGACAGCUCCAGGCGUCGACGCAAGAGUAUUGGAGAUCCUUGAAAACAUUCCUAUCUUUAGGUGAGCUAGAUAUUUCCUCUUUUGCUACAUAAACCACUUUAAGCUCAUACGCCCUCGCUAAAAAGUAUAUUUGUGGCGAAGAGUCGGAUAAAGUUCAGAAGGCAGCCCUAAAUGUGAUUCUUGCGGCGAACAAGAACUUGUACGAGUCGCAGCUCACCCAGAAACUGAUCCGUUUGUUCCGAAACACGUGUCCACGUGAAACGUCAACCUCUGACUCCCAAAUCGCCAUCGACAUUCUUCUGAAAUGUGUUCCUGAUCAUCAGAACGUGGCCACGCUCAUCCUCCGAACGGAGUCUCUGUCUCCGGAUAAUCAAGAGAAGUGGCAUUAUCUGUACAAGGCGAUCGAGGCGAGCGGAGAGAAAGACGAGCUGAAAGCAGAGUUCUGGACGAGAAUGAGAAAGUUCAAAGUGUUCCGUCCGAAUUUCCUUCACAGGGCACUCGAAGCCGAUUCGCACGCUCAUUGGCAGCAGAUCGCAGAUGCUUCCGGAUUCCAACUCUUUUCCACGACAUCUGCUGAAUUCUUGCUGAAAUCGUUCAAGAGAUCAAACUUUGAACUGUCUCUGAAGAGAGGAAAAGCCGAGGAGAACCUGUUCUCGGUAGGGAUCAUCGCCUUUCAUUUGACUCAUUCGUUCUUUCAGCUCUCUAUCGAUACUCACAACCUUGAUCAAUUCGUCACUGGCUCCCCGUCGUCUUCGUCUGGAUCUCCGGAAGGAUCCGUCCGUCUCGGAAUCAUGGGCCACAAACUGCCAACCAGACACAUUUUCAAGGGAAGCACCGACCUUUUGUCGACUGUCUGGGACGCAGACGGACGGACUCACAAGACGUUCGAAGGACACGUUCCGGUCAGAGACGCCCGAGUGUCCGUGCCUCUUCUCUCCGGUCUGAGUGUGGAUAUCAAUUCGGUCGGAGCACUCAGUCUCCGAGUUCUCGCUUCCGCCGAAGUUUCGCUGUGGAAUCAGAGAUCUAAUGCAAAGGCGGAAGCAUAGUAAGUAAAGGGGCGAAGUCUCGUAGUAGCUGUUCUUCUUUUCCAGCACUUCUGGAUCUCUCCACCUCUCCGCAUCACUCAUCCACAAUUCCCAACAAAUCCGGCGCAUCGAAUCGUCAAUCUCGGCGCUUGCCACGUUCACAACUGACACCAGAGCCAUUUUCGAGUCUCUUCCCUAUGAUUUCUGCCUGAAGACGUCGAAUGGAAAUGUUGAAAUCAGGUAGAAAUAGAGCAUCCGAAAACUGAAUUCAAUUAUUUCUAUUUUUGCAGUCAAAAGACAAUCAUCGAAGAAACGGCGGGAAAGAAGAGUAAAAAGACGAUCGAAAGGAAGAGAACCCAUCCGGGAGUCACGUACCGACUUGACGACUCCACCAUCCGACAGUGUAAUUCAUAUUUGGAUCAGUUCAGACUCUACUAG